UGCGACUUGUGACUCAAGAGGCGCCUUUUAAUUUGUACCACGACUUACGUUACCCAUCAGCAAUUCUAUUGGCCACAGCCGGCAUUGAUAUGAUCCCUUCGCUGUUUUGCUGAGAAUUGACUAACUGAGACCCUAGGGGCAACAGCAGACAUGAAAUCCCUCCAUCAACUAGCUCGUCCGCGAGCGCUACCUAGCUUCGCUGCUCCACGUGCUCAAAGCGCUCGUUCGAACCGACUAUGGCAGAGGUGCUUCAGUGCUACUCGUGCUGCCUCUGAGGGCGCUCAGCUGGACCCCUCCAAGCUCACCAUCACGAAAACAAGCACGCCCAAGGAGUUGUUACCCGCUAAGGACCUUGUUUUUGGGAAGAACUUUACCGAUCACAUGUUCACCGUCGAAUGGACCGCGAAGGACGGCUGGCUCGCUCCACAGAUCGUUCCCUACCAAAAGCUCCAACUAGAUCCAUCAGCUUGCGUAUUCCACUAUGCCUUUGAAUGCUUCGAAGGUAUGAAGGCAUACAAAGAUAGCAAGGGUCAGAUUCGUUUGUUCCGGCCCGACAAGAACAUGCAGCGCUUGAACAAGUCCUCUGCGCGUAUUGCCUUGCCUACUGUUGAUGGUGAGGCCCUCACCAAGUUGAUUGGCGAGCUGGUCAAGCUCGAUAGCAGAUUCAUCCCUGACGCACGCGGCUACUCACUUUACCUGCGACCUACGAUGAUUGGUACCCAAAGCACUCUCGGCGUUGGCCCACCAGGCUCUGCUCUUCUCUUUGUCAUUGCUAGUCCCGUGGGUCCUUACUACCCUACUGGAUUCAAAGCUAUAUCAUUAGAGGCAACGGAUUAUGCUGUGCGGGCAUGGCCUGGAGGUGUGGGAGAUAAGAAACUGGGUGCAAACUAUGCCCCUUGCAUCGUCCCACAGUUAGAGGCAGCUUCCCGAGGGUUCCAGCAGAAUUUAUGGCUUUUUGGUGAGGAGGAGUACGUUACGGAGGUUGGCACAAUGAACCUUUUCAUCGCGCUGAAGAACAAGGAGACCGGCAAGAAGGAGCUUGUGACUGCCAAUCUUGAUGGAACCAUCCUUGAGGGCGUUACAAGAGACUCUGUGCUAGCGCUUGCCAGGGAAAGACUGGUCCCGAAGGGCUGGCAAGUUUCUGAGCGUAAGAUCAGGAUGGCGGAAGUCGCCGAGGCGGCCGAUGAGGGAAGGUUGCUUGAAGUAUUUGGAGCUGGCACGGCAGCAAUUGUCAGCCCCGUGCGAACGAUCAGCUACCGUGGCAGAUUGGUAAACUGCGGGCUGAAGGAAACCGAGGAGGCUGGAGAGAUUGCUUCUCAAAUGAAGAACUGGAUUGAGGGAAUCCAAUACGGUGACGAGGAGCACCCAUGGAGCUAUGUUCUGUAAUUGAAGAAUCAUAGUACCUAGGUAGAUCACUUCCGUAAUAUCUCAAUACGUUGGGUCAAUACUGUUGAUAUUUUGAAAGUCAAGCGCGAGUGCUAGAUAUUCGCCUAUUUCAGUCCUUCCUUAAACGAGAACAACGCCCGUUCGAAUGCUAUUCGGUGCAGUUAUCAUUAACUUUAGUACUGGCAAUCCAUACGGUUUAUCUUCAACUCAAAUCCGUUCCUUCAGUCGAGUCUCUCUGAUGGCCGAGCCCUAGUCCGAGAAAAGAACUACCCAACCUACCUUUACUCAGCUCCUCGAGUCUCUAGCGGAUUCCAUCAAACGCCCGCA